GGUCUCGUCCGCUGUUCUUCUGUGCGCGCCUACCCCCACGCUGGUGUGCGGGCCGAUGGUGUGAUGGAGAGCAUAGCAUAUUGCCGAGAUCACUGCGGCAGCUAAGUCGCAGGAUGACUGACCUCCAUCUGCUCACCGCAAGCUGCUGCUGCAUCGGACCCUCCCCCCGGCUUCAGGAACGCUUACUCUGCUUGGCCAUAGCUCCCGCUCUCUUCGUGCUUGCAGCGUCGCUCGACUCGAGCGACGAUGAUGGAUUCGAAAUUGAGGUGGAUGAGCAAGCAGAGCUCAAUAGCACGCGACCUGCUAUCGGUCCAAACCUAUGCACAAUUGACAAGAGUGAGUGGGUAGCGAUUCGUGAUCACCUGUCUCGCAAGUGCGGUUCCUCCCAGCUGGUAUCGCUAUACGCCACAUUCGCCCACUCUCUCACGCGGCAACUGCCCUGGUUGGGCGCGGCUUCCGUUCCUAGAUUUCAAAGCAACGCAUGGCAUGGCAAGUGCACUUCGAUCUGGUCCAACCUCAGACUUGGCGUAGUCUGGUUCACAACACUCGCCCUGUGCACUGAUCGCUUGCAUUUGCAAUCAAAGUCGCGGCUGCGAGUAGCCGUAAGUCUGUCGUGACACCCAUGGAAGUGCAGCAACCUGUCAGCCUCCCAUAUAUACCGCCUCCAGUCGAUACUUGAGCGCCAAUACUUCCCCAAAGCAAAUGGA